AUGAUUGCUUCUGUCAAAAGAUUAGUUAGAGGUCCGUUGAUCCGGUCAACAAAUUACACUAUAGAAUCUUCAACACAUUUAUUUCUUUAUGUGUUUAAUCAGUUACAUAUUGUAUUUAUGAGAAUUGUUCCUCAAAGCAUUAGAGUAUGGUGGCAGAAAUUUUUACAAGAUAUUUUUAUUGCUAUAUUAAAAGUAGGUCCUAUUCCAGAACAUGUUUCGUUCAUAAUGGAUGGUAAUAGAAGAUACGCCAAAUCUAAUAAUUUACCCUUGAAGAAAGGCCACGAGGCUGGUGGUUUUACUUUAUUAACUUUAGUUUAUAUAUGUAAGAAAAUGGGUGUGAAAUGUGUAAGUGCUUAUGCUUUCUCGAUCGAGAAUUUUAAUCGAUCAGAAGAAGAAGUUCAAACUUUAAUGACUUUAUUUAAUGCCAAAUUGGAGGAAUUUGCUAAUAGAGCACAGGAUUAUAAAGACCCAUUAUAUGGUUCUAAAUUAAGAAUUAUAGGAGAUAAAAGGUUAUUAACCCCUGAGACAAGAAAUAAAUUGAAAGAAGUAGAAAGAUUAACACAAGAUGGCAAAGAUUUUACCUUUUAUGUCUGUUUCCCAUAUACUUCAAGAAAUGAUAUUCAACAUGCAAUCUACAAAAAUUCAAAGGAAUAUACAGAAAAGAAAAUAAAAUUAAAUGAUAUUAAUUUAAAUAAAUUCAGUGAAAAAAUGUAUUUAGAUGAAUUUUCUCAGAAAUGUGAUAUCUUGAUAAGAACUAGUGGACAUAGAAGAUUAUCUGAUUAUAUGUUAUGGCAAUCGCAUCAAAAUUCCACUAUAGAAUUUGUUCCAACUCUAUGGCCUGAUUUCACUUUUACUCAAAUGUGUCUCAUUUUCUUUCGUUGGUCUUUUUUUACCACAAUUCAAAUGUAUAACAACGAUGAAGGUACUUCCCAAUACCCGUGGAAAACGUUUAUGCCAAAUAUACCCUUUAUGAACAAAAACCAUUAUGAACCACUAGAAUCUCUAGCUGAUCCACCAGUGUCAGUCUCAAUAUUGGGUUAA